AUAACCUUGUGUACUGUUGGCUAUGGAGACACAGUGCCGAAAUCGGCAAUCGGGAAAUUCAUUGCUGCGCUAUGUGCUAUGGCUGGUAUCUCGUUUUUUGCGCUGCCAGCGGGCAUUUUGGGCAGUGGCUUUGCUCUCAAGGUGCAACAACACCAACGUCAGAAGCACUUGAUCAGGCGUCGAGUCCCGGCUGCCAAUUUGAUACAGUGUCUCUGGCGUUGCUACGCAGCUGAUGAGAAUUCCACCUCAAUUGCUACCUGGAAGAUGCACAUAAAGCCGGCGCGAUUGUCUGCCAGGUGA